UGCUGUUAUGGGAAAAUGACCAACAGGAACACACACACCAUCACACCACCCUGUCAGUGAUUAUUUUUUCUGCAACAGCACGAGACAGAGUGUUUACACACACACACACACACACACACACACACACAGAGAGGGGCUUCUUACAGGAAUUUGAAAUUUGCUUUCCUGUAAAUGCAUGACUUAACAGAUGUCCUGACAGAGCGAAAGUGAAAGUGAAUUUAUCAGUCUUCCUGUCUCUCUGCACCUAAACUGAUCCUCGACAGAUCACACGACAAACCUGGGCUUUCAUUUGACUUCAGAAUGCUUCCCGUACACAGUGUCUACCCUCUGGUUUUAGGGAAAACCAUGAACUCCAAUAAGCACUUUAUGGAUCGUCUCAGAUCCGAAAUGAAGCUACAUGAAGUGGACUCGCAGAAUGACUGUGAUGUCCUCAUUGCUUUCAUCCCGAUUGUGUCUCGAGCUGGAACGGACAUUCAAGCUGCUCUUGAAAGAAUUCCCACAGAACAUUCAUACAAGCGCGUCGUUCUGGUGUCUCUCCACCACACAUUCGAUCAGGAUUACAUCGCACCAGACAGCAGACACUCUGUUCACAGGAAUGACGUGUUUGCUGUGGACUGUCUCUAUCAUGAAGACAUGGGACUGCUGAAAUCCCGAACCAAUGAUGAGGCACUGAAAAGAGUAAUAAAGCAUCUAGGAGGAGAAACACCAUAUAAGGUCUCUGAAUGGAGCCUGUUGAUUGUGAAUAAAAUGGGUGCGGACAAGACCGAAUUUAUUCCUUGGUUAUGCGCCGUGCUGAGCAGCUUUCUUUUUUACUUUGUUCUGCCAGAAGGGUACAGCUUCUUCCACUUCUUAAUUUUGGAGAUAUUGCUGCUGAUUAUCAUAUCUGUGUCCCUGACUUACUGCGGCCUUUACAAGUGGACUCUUUGGAUUUUUAUUGGUAUAAACAUUGUCCUCAUACUUGUAUUUCAGAGUUCCCCUAAGGAGUCUGUGCAUGAGUUGAAUAAUGCCACUGAACACAGUUAAAACAUGUGAUACGGAUAAUAUUGCUUUGCCUGAUAUUGUGGUAUGUGGUUUAGAAAACUUGUUAAUAUUAAAUAAACACUUCUCUGUUCAAUAAUAAACUAUAGGCAUGGGGACAAAAA